AUGCAGACUGCUUCUAAAUACAUUUGUGAAAGAAUGGGUCACUCUCAGGAGCUCAGUGAAUUCAAGCGUGAGACUGUGAUAGGUUGCCACCUGUGCAAUAAGUCCAUCUGUGAAAUAUCCUUUCUACUAAAUAUUCCACGGUCAACUGUUAGUGGUAUUAUAACAAAGUGGAUGCAGCUGGGAACACCACAACUCCGCAACGAAGUGAGCGAGGUCAGCGCAUGCUGAAGCACAGAAGUCUCCAACUGUCUGCAGAGUCAAUAGCUAAAGACCUCCAAACUCCGUGUAGCUUUCAGAUUAGCACAACAGUGUGUAGAGAGCUUCAUGGAAUGGGUUUCCAUGGC